ACCACUGACAGUUCAUAUUAAUUGAACAUUUGUUCUCUUAUUAUAUUAACAAUAAGAUCCAAAUUCUUGAUAGAGUUGUGCAUAGCUUUGUACUUCGUGUACUGUGUGCUGAUUAAUUAAUUUUCAUUUGAUUGACGAAUUUUUUAAUCCAAAUUUUAAGAUAAACGAUCUUAUCUUAAAAUGAUUGAGACUAAUAAUAAUAACUCACGUCGCAUUCUUUGCGUUGGAAUGUGCGUACUUGAUAUUGUUCAUGUUUGUAAUAAAUAUCCAGAAGAAGACACUGAUCGGAGGUGUCUCAAAGGUUAUUGGCAACGAGGUGGAAAUGCCUCAAACAACUGCACAGUUUUGAGGAAUCUUAACACAGACUGUGAAUUCCUGGGAAUGUUGAGUGAAUCUCCAGCUUUUGGAUUUCUACACGAUGAUUGUCGAAAACGUGGAAUUCGAAUAGACAAUUGUCCAAUUACCGCCCAAGAUCCACCAUUUUCGUCAGUGCUACUAAGUCAAGAAUCUGACUCUCGAACAAUAAUCCAUUCCAAUUCAAACUUUCCAAUUCUAACAUUCGAACAUUUUAAGAAAAUUAAUCUUUCUGAUUACAGUUGGAUACAUUUUGAAGGUCGAAAUCCCGAAGAGACUUUACAAAUGAUCGAUAAGAUUCAUGAAUUUAAUCGAAAUCAUGAUGCCAAUAUAAAAAUCUCAGUUGAAUUGGAAAAACUUAAAUUAGAACUCCUCGAAUUAGCUAGUCAAAGUGACUAUGUUUUUUUGGGAAAAGAAUUGGCUUUAUUUAUGGGCUGGCAGAAUGGCCGAGAAGCAGUAGAAAAAGUACAAAAUUUGUUUCCAAAUCGAAAGAGAGGUAUAAUUUGUACCUGGGGUUCGAAGGGUGCAUAUUGUUUGACUGAAACUGGUGACUUUCAUCACAUUGAACCUUGUCCACCGAGAGAAAUUGUUGAUGCAUUAGGAGCUGGAGAUACAUUUUGUGCAGCUGUUAUUUAUGGAUUAGAUCGAAUGAAGUUGACAUUGGAAAAGGCUGUCGAGUUGGGUAAUCGAGUUGCUGGCUUUAAGUUGGGUCAUUGUGGGUAUGAUGAUAUAAGACAACUUGAACCUGAAAAGCUGUUUAUGUAGAGUUUUGCUUGAAUGUGAAAAAUAAAUUAUACCAAAUAUUUUUAAUUGUUUUAAACUAAUUU